GAUCCACCAAGUACCAAUAUUCUAUUCUUUUUCCUUUCCUGACCGAAUACCCAUGUUCUAUUCUUCAUAACAAACAAGCAGCAAACAGCAAUUGACGAAACACACCAUAGAGAAGGUUAAUGGAGGCCAAGCAAACGCAUCUCAAAUUGAAAACCCCACUUCGUUGUAUCGUCAAACUCGGAGGUGCCGCAAUCACAUCCAAGAAUGAGUUUGAAAAGAUUAAUGAAGAAGAUCUUGUUAAGGUUUCUUUAGAAUUGCAGCAAGCAAUGAUGUCUUCAUCUGGGUCGGUACUUGAAAUGGAUUGGAGCAAGCGCCCUGGUAUUUCAGAGACUCUGAAUAAAGUUGAUGAUUUUAAGGAACAACAGGUUUUAGACUUCAACAGUUUUGUUGUUAUUCAUGGAGCUGGUUCUUUUGGUCACUUUCAAGCUAGCAAAUCUGGUGUUCAUAGAGGGGGAUUGAAUCAACCUCUUGUGAAGGCUGGUUUUGUUGCUACUCGUAUCUCCGUGACUUCCCUCAAUCUUGAAAUCGUUAGAGCACUUGCAAGAGCGGGCAUUCCUUCAGUUGCAAUGAAUCCAUUUUCAUGUGGAUGGUCGACCCGUGAAAGAAAUAUAGAAUCUGCUGAUGUAUCGACAGUGGUUGAUGCCCUUGACUCCGGUUUUGUUCCAGUUUUGCACGGGGAUGCAGUACUCGAUGAGUCACUGGGGUGCACCAUAUUAAGUGGAGAUGUAAUUAUAAGUCAUUUGGCUGCUCAACUAAAGCCUGAAUUCGUUGUUUUCCUCACGGACGUUUUUGGGGUAUAUGAUCGCCCUCCUUCAGAACAUAAUGCCGUACUCCUGAGGGAGAUUGCUGUACGUGAAGAUGGCACCUGGUCUGUUGUGAAACCAACAUUAGCAGACACGGAUAAGCAAGCAGUUGAGAUUAGUGUAGCAUCCCAUGAUACAACGGGAGGGAUGGCGACCAAAAUAUCAGAAGCUGCAAUGAUCGCAAAACUUGGUAUCGACGUCUAUAUUGUAAAGGCAGCAACAGAAUACUCGUUGACAGCCCUAAGUGGCAAAUUGAGAGAUAAAAUCCCCGAAGGUUGGCUUGGAACAGUUAUACGUUAUGUUUCAUAGAACAGGAGAUCCUCGCCAUUAUGCAUCGUGCAACUUUAAUUGCUCUUUUGUCAAGAGUCGAGGGGAUAUUUCAUGCCGAACCUUUCGCGGUUGUAUCACGUCGUUACUUCUGAAUCAAAAAAUGAACCCAAGAUCUUAGCAGAUGGUUGAGAAAUUUUUCAGACGAUCUUUCGUUAACCAGUUUCAUAGUCUUGAAUUUACCUAUGAUUGUAACUUGCUGAAACUCUCCUUUUUUGUUAGGACUCGUGUAAACUUGGAUCUACGGGGCUAAUGUCGAGUCUUGGAUUUCUAGGUUGCACGGAGACAACUGCCCAAAAAUUGUAUGGUUUAUUUGACCUUUGUAUCUUGCAUUGAUUUCAUUGUUCAGGAACAUCACGUGGUUUUAUGAAACCAUGUGCUACAGCUCGGAUAUGUAAAAUUUCAUAUUAUUCACU